CAAUACAGUGUUAUAAAAUGAUUUCUUGAUUAAUCAGGUCUGUUUUACAAGAGCUUCAUGUGUAAGUUAGUAACUUUGCACUAUUGUUACAGUUACCAUUAUUUUAUCUGAGUUUAGCGAAAAAUGAUAACUACAAAGGUAUUUCAAAGUUUGCGGUAUUUUUCAUUCAUUAAAUGUAACACAUUUGAAGUUUUUACAAAAGCUAAAGGAUCCGUAGUAAAAAAUAGACCUUUUUUAGCCGGAUCAACGGAAAUAGGUAUGCCGGAAUACCUGAGCCAUCAUCCUAAUAAAAAUUUGCUAGUAGUUCGUUGUAAUAAUACUAACAAUGUAACAUUGAGUGACGUAGCCAAUGAGUUUCGUUUUUAUAUAGAUGAAAACUUAAGCCAAUACAGCGCUAUUUUAUUCAAAAGACUUCCUAUUAAGACGGAGAGUGAUUUUAAUUUAUUUAUGUCACAUUCUGGCUACAAAAGUAUUGCAUAUGUUGCAGGAAAUGCUUCACGAUCAAAACUGGUUGGUGAAGUAUAUGAAACAAGCAACGAACCGGCAGAUCUUAGCAUUGAGCCACAUAAUGAAAUGAGCUAUCACAUCACAUUUCCUAGAAAGAUUUUCUUUUGUUGUUUAACUCCUCCUUUAACUGACGGCGAGACACCAAUAGCAUUUAAUAGAGACAUAAUACAACACAUCGACAAGAACUACCUUGAAAAAGUUGAAAAAAGAGGUAUUCGUUAUAUUCGUAACCACGGCAACAAGAAACUGACAAAAUAUAUGACGUGGCAAGAUAUUUAUAGUACUUCAUCACAUCAAGAGGUGGAGACAAAAUUACGAAAGUUUAACAAUAAUUGGAAAUGGAACGAAAACGAGACGUUAACAACAUGGUAUACUACCUCGCCCAUAAUUUACCAUCCUGAAACCGGAGAAAAAAUUUGGUUUAACCAACUAAGUGCAGCUCACAAUACAUACUACAAGUGCCAUCCUGAUUAUAUCGGCAAACAGUUAAAAGAUCAUGAAUACUUUUUACAUACGACGUAUGGAGACGGAGAAGAGUUUGAGCCAGAGCUAGUUCAACAUAUUCGUAAUGUGGCAUGGAACGCAUCAAUAGGUUUUCAGUGGGAAAAAGGUGAUGUAAUUGUUUUGGAUAACUUGCUUGCACAGCACGGGCGCUUAAGCUAUACUGGUAAAAGAAAAAUUGUGGUUAGUUUAACAGAUAUGAUAAAAAGAGAGGCAGUUCAAGCUAAUUCUUAAUGAUGAAUUAUUUGAUAUCUUUUAACAUCAGAGCAUAGAAUUUAAAUUAGUUCUGUUGUAAGACGUAAAACUUGUUUUUUUUUUUUAAUAAAUGUUGCUUUUUUUAUUUAAAUAAGAUAUAUUUUUGGGACUCGAAAUUUCUAUAA